AUGACUCUGACAGAUACUUUGUAAGUCAUUAUAAGACUCUCUAUUUUUUUUAGCUCCGAUUCGAUGGACGACCACCUUCGAAAAUGUCACUUGUCAGUUGAAGGGAUGACAUGUUCCUCAUGUGUAGCACACAUAGAGAAGGUUGUGAGCGGCAAAAAAGGUAAGUAGAGUUGGCUUUUGAUCAUCUUUGAUUUAGGCAUUCAUUCUAUCACGGUUUCGUUGAUGUUUCUGUCGGCAGAUGUUGUUUAUGAUUGCCGGGAAACGAAUGCCGACGAAAUUGCUGAAGUAAUCGACGAUCUUGGAUACGAAUGCCAUGUAAUUGACGAGGCUGUGUCAUCUAAUCACAAACAAAAUUUCUUGGUGGGCAUUUUGCUGCAUUCUAUAUUGAAUGUUGUUUAGAUAACAGGAAUGACCUGCGGGUCAUGUGUAAAACGCGUCGAAUCUCACUUAUUGUCCAUGAAAGGAGUCGAAAAUUGUUCCGUUUCACUUACUACCGGGAUUGCCCAAGUCGAAUACUCUGGUUCAAUCAUUGGACCUCGGGAUAUAAUUGACCGAAUUGAGGUGUCGACUUAUUUUGGAUAUUAAUAUAGUUUUAGAGUCUGAAUUACAAAGCGAGCAUCGCUUCAAGCGAGGAUAGGUUGGAGAAACUUAGUCAAAAAGCCGAGAUAUUAAAGUGGAAGACGUCUUUUUUGGUCUCAUUGAUUUUUGGAAUACCAGUUAUGAUGGUAAUGAUAUAUUUUCAUUGGAUUAUUCAAGCUCCUAUGCAUCCAGAGAGGCAAGUCCAUGUGCUUGUGCGGGCUCUGUCUUUGGAUAACCUUGUAUUGUUACUACUUUCUACUCCUGUACAGGCAAGUUUAAUAUUUAUUAACACUAACUCCAAUAUUAGGUUUUUGGGGGCAGAUCGUUUUAUCAGCAAAGUUGGAAAGCUGUUAAGAUAGGAACGGCCAACAUGGAUGUUUUAGUAACCUUGGCGACUUCCAUAUCCUAUGGUUACUCAGUAGUCAUCCUUGUUGUUGCAAUUCUUCUUCGAUGGGACUCAAGUCCGAUGACAUUCUUUGAUGUCCCACCAAUGUUAUUAGUGUUCAUAUCCCUUGGUCGAUGGUUGGAACAUAAAGCUAAAGCAAGGACUUCUUGAUAUUCAAAACUAUUUUGUAGGGAAAGACAUCAGAAGCACUGAGUGAACUCAUGUCAAUGCAAGCUAAAGUUGCAACUUUAGUAACGUUGGAGGAUAACGAAAUAAAAACUGAGAAAAGCAUACCAAUUGAGCUGGUCCAAAGGUCGGAUUACAUCAAGGUUUUACCAGGAGAGAAGAUCCCGGUGGAUGGGACUGUCAUAUCUGGGAACAGUUCCGUGGACGAGUCUUUUAUUACGGGAGAGAGUAUGCCUGUAGUAAAGAAGUCAGGUAUGCUCCAAUCUGUGGUUUUGUAGUUUUUUCAUAGGUUCUGCGGUUAUUGGAGGAUCAGUAAACCAGCUCGGACUUCUUAUUAUUCAAGCUACCCAUGUGGGACAGGACUCGAUGCUCUCUCAGAUUGUCCGUUUGGUCGAAGAGGCUCAAACCUCGAAGGCACCUCUUCAUCAUACAGCCGAUAAAAUCGCUGGUUACUUUGUUCCGGCAGUAGUGGGUCUUACUGUGGUCACCUUCUUCGUUUGGUUACUUGUCGGAUUGGCUACUUCAAACGGAAACAACCGAGAUUGGGAGAUGAUUAUAAGAAAGGCGUUUGAAUAUGCCAUCACAGUGUUAUCUAUUGCAUGUCCAUGCUCGCUUGGGCUGGCAACACCAACUGCCAUCAUGGUGGGUACUGGAGUUGGAGCUCGAAAUGGAAUUCUGAUUAAGGGUGGAGAAUCGUUGGAACUCGCACAAAGGGUAAUAAUGUUGGACAGAACCAACAUUUAAUUAAAAGUUUAGAUCAAUACUGUAGUAUUCGAUAAGACCGGAACGAUAACUGAAGGCAAGCCGAGAGUCAUUAAAGUCGUUUCCUUGUUAAACCCGGACCAAUUGGAAUUCAAAACCCUGGUGGCGUUAGUGGGAUCAGCCGAAUCAAACAGCGAACACCCCAUUGGAACGGCAUUGGUAUCGUUUGCUAAAGACGUAAGCUCUUUAUAUUGGAUAUCCAGUUUUUUAGUAUCUAAAAAGUGGAUCUUGGGCAUCGGUUUCUCAGUUUCGGGUAUCUGCUGGGCAAGGAAUCUCUUGCGAAGUCAAGAACUUGGACAACGUUUUUAAUUCCCGACUUAUGUCUGAUUUUGAUACCGAUGAGAAGGUCACUCUCACUCCCCUGAAAAAAAUUAUUCAAGGCAAUGAGGUUGAAAUAUCUUCUCUCGUAAAUGUCACAUACGAAGGGGACAGUCUAAAUAAUUUACAAACGUACACUGUAUUGGUUGGAUCCGAACAGUGGUUGGAGAACAAUGAGAUCAUCCCUGACCAAGUUGUCUUGGAAGCUCUUUCCAAAGAAAGAGAGAAAGGAAAUAUAUCGGUGACAAUUGCGGUAAAUGGUAAGACUAUUCGAUAAGUUUUUGACUUUGUGUUUUUAGGCACCAUCGCCGCUAUUUUUUCGAUUGCUGAUCAAGUCAAGAAAGAAGCCGAAGUCACUGUUUAUGCUCUCAGAAAGAUGGGAAUUGAUGUUGUUCUUCUUACUGGUGACAAUGAGAAAACGGCGCUAGCCACAGCCAAGAAAGUGGGCAUUAAAGAGGUGUUUGCUGAGGUGCUUCCAAAUCAAAAGAAAGACAAGAUCAACCAGCUGCAGCAACAAAGAAAAGUGGUUGCGAUGGUUGGAGAUGGUGUUAACGACAGUCCAGCCUUGGCCGCUGCGAAUGUUGGAAUAGCUAUAGCCAGUGGAAGUGACGUUGCCAUUGAGAGUGCCGGGAUUGUUUUAAUUAAGGUAAUUGUUACAGUAGUGUAAUUACAAAAGUCUUUCAGAAUAAUCUUGUGGACGUGGUCGGGGCCAUUCUUUUGUCUAAAGCAACUAUUCGGCGGAUUCGGAUCAAUCUUUUCUUUGCAUUUGUUUAUAAUACUAUUGGAAUUCCAAUCGCCGCUGGUGUUUUCCGACCUCUGGGAAUCUCUAUCCAACCUUGGAUGGCCGCUGCAGCCAUGGCGUUGUCCUCGGUUUCAGUCGUGUCGUCUUCCUUGAUGCUGAAAAACUUUAGGAAGCCCACAUUCAACAGUUUCUCGGGGUCGGCUGAAUACAAGAAAUUCCAUGCGAGGAUGUCCAUUUCUCCUACAAAAGCCAGGAAAAUUGAACCCCUCGAAGAUGUGUUUAUCCAGUCUGAUGAUGAAAGUAGUGCAGAGACCAAGCUCUUUGCUGCAGUUUAA